CUGUGAGUUUGAUGCACUCACGAACCAUGUCAUUUUUUUCUCUGAACAUGCUUCCUGACACCUACUCAGCUCUACUGCUCCUGUUAGCGCUCAGCAGGAGCCAUGGAGACUCAGUGACCCAGACAAACGGCCUGGUUACCAUCACAGAGGGGUUCCCUGUAUUGCUGAACUGCACUUACCAAACUAUUUACUCAGAUCCUUACCUUUGGUGGUACGUGCAAUACACCAACAGAGCCCCUCAGCUACUUUUGAGGAGCACCACGGACAACAAGAGGACAGAGCACCAAGGGUUCCACGCCACUCUCCAUAAAAGCAACAGCUCCUUCCACCUGCAGAAGUUCUCGGUACAGCUGUCAGACUCUGCCCUGUACUACUGUGCUCUGAGAGACACAGUUCUUAGGAAAAUAGAAGAGGGUAACAGGUACCCUGGAGCUGGAGUUACAGGAAGCUGUGAACCACUUGAUAUGACUGCUGGGAAGGGAAAUAAGGGCUUCUGGAAGGACAAGGGGCCUUACCUGCUGAAUUAUCCCUCAGGGGUGAAAGGGCAACAAGUGAAGCAGAGUCCUGUGUCCUUGGUUCUGCAGGAGGAAGAGAGCAUGCAGAGCUGCAGUGCAACUUUUCCAGUUUUGAACAGUAUGCAAUGGUUUUACCAAAGUCCUGGGGGACACCUCAUCACCCUGUCCUUCUGGAGCAAAUCAAAGUGA